CUUUAAUUUACCCUCCCACCCCGUCUGACCCCUGACGGCUUCCGUCCGUGACGUUUACAAGAUGGCGCUGCCCUUGUGGAGACGUGCUGCUCUGCUGUACCGGCCGGGGAGCGGGUGCCGAGGGCUUCGGGAGAGCGGGAAGGAGCGGGGAGACAAGGAUAUUGAGCCCCGUGUGUUCUCUGGCAUUCAGCCUACGGGCAUCCCCCACCUGGGCAAUUACAUUGGUGCCCUCCAGAGCUGGGUACAGUUACAGGAGCAAUACAACACAGUGCUGUACAGUAUAGCGGAUCUGCACUCCAUCACUGUGCCACAGGACCCCGGCACCCUGCGGGCAAGCAUAUUAGACAUGGCAGCGUGCCUACUGGCCUGCGGGAUUAACCCCUCCAAGAGCUGCAUCUUCCAGCAGUCCCAGGUGACAGAACACGCGGAACUCGCCUGGAUCCUGAGCUGUCUCACCUCUAUGCCCCGACUCAGACAUUUGCCCCAGUGGAAGGUAAAGAGUCAGACCCAGAGGAACGAGGGGAGCGUUGGAUUAUUCACUUACCCAGUUCUCCAAGCUGCUGACAUUCUACUUUACAGGUCUACUCACGUUCCAGUGGGAGAUGAUCAAGUGCAGCACUUGGAGCUGACUCAGGACACUGCCCGUCUCUUUAAUCGGAUCUAUGGAGAUUUCUUCCCCAUCCCCAGAGCCAUCAUGAGUACUUCUAAGAAAAUCCGCUCCCUCAGAGACCCAUCUUCCAAGAUGUCCAAGUCGGACCCCCAGAAACUGGCUACCGUGCGUCUCACAGACACCCCCGAGGAAAUUGUCGUGAAGUUCAAAAAGGCAGUUACUGAUUUCACCUCUGAAGUGACCUAUGACCCCGAGGGGCGGCCAGGGGUGUCCAACUUAGUGGCCAUUGACUCUGCCCUCACUGGACGUGGCACAGAGGAAAUUGUGCAGCAGAGCCGUGGCAUGGACACCUCACAGUACAAACUGACAGUUGCACAGGUCGUCAUUCACAAACUGAGCCCAAUCAGAGAGGAAAUGCAGAGACUCCAGAGAGAGCAGAGUUACCUGCGGGAGGUGCUGUACCAGGGGGCACAGAGGGCACAGGAAAUGGCGGCACCUGUCUAUGACUCUGUCGCCCGAAUGGUUGGGUUUAGGUGACACACAAGUCAUUUUGUGGGUUUAUCUGGUGUCCCCCAUUACUCUGCUGGGUAUACCGGCACCCCCUCAUUACUCUGCUGGGGAUACGGGCUCCCCUCAUUACUCUGCUGGGUUUAGCUGACAUUCCUGAUUAUUCUGGAUAACCCACUUCUUUCAUGGGCACAAAGCUGAUGGCUGAUCCCAAAGGGCUGGUUCUUCAUUAUCAUGAAGGGGCACAUUUCUGGGCACAUUUGUUACUUAAUCACUUGCCACAAGAGCAGAUUCUUUCUACUGACUGUACAGAACAAUCUCUGCUACUCCUCGGGCAGAAUUAUUAUUAUUAUUUUAUGUUGUAAAUACUGGUUUUAAGAGUU